GGAAUUGAUGAUGAAGGAUAUUAUAUAUGUUCUUUAUCUUGGAUGCAGGCAUCAUUCUUCAUUGCAUAUGUUGUGACAUCUGGAUGGACCAGUCUUCUAUCCUCAGAGCUCUUCCGCCUGCAUCCCCUGAUUUCCAGUAUUAUAAAAAGACCAUUUUCAGGAAAAGAUGAUGAUGAAUUUGAGGUUCCUUCAAUUCCAUACCACAGUGACAUUCCUAAAGUUCUGUUUUUUGGACUCCUUGGAAUAACAUAUUUCUUCCUGGCUCCGCUGAUUCUCCCCUUCCUUUUGGUUUACUGUUGUCUGGGAUACAUAAUCUACCGUAACCAGCUGCUAAAUGUAUAUGCACCCAAGUAUGAAACUGGCGGAAGAUUUUGGCCAACUGUGCACAACUCAACAAUUUUUUCCUUGGUACUGAUGCACGUUAUUGCAAUUGGGAUAUUUGGGCUUAAGAAGCUUUCCUUAGCUUCUAGUUUGACUGUCCCUCUUCCAAUUCUCACACUUCUUUUUAAUGAGUACUGCCGUAAACGAUUUCUACCAAUAUUCAAAGACUAUCCUGUUGAGUGUUUGAUGAAGAAAGAUAGAGAAGACCAAAAUGAUCCUACAAUAGCUGUGUUUUAUGAUACAUUAAGCACUGCAUAUAAGGAUCCAGCUCUGAUGCCAAUACGCCAUCCAAGAAGCACUGAUGACCAUAACUCACCCCUUCUUCAAGCUGGAGUCUGAAGUCCAACAAUUUGAACUUACCUGUCUGUCAAUGGAACUCUGUCAAUAAUUUGAAAUGCUUGUAGAAAGAAAGAAAGCUUGUGCCGCUAAUACCAGGACAAAUUUCGGCUAAAACUUAAGAUAAGAUUGUGUCUGUGAAGUCAUAUUCUUUAUUCAUGUAAAAUGUAAAGUAUAUGAUCUUUGAGUUAGGUUUGUUUUGGUCAUUCUCACUGCUAUGUUAUGGACUGUUGAUAUUAUGCUUGAAGAAUGUAUAAAAUAAUACUCUUUUAGUUA